AGAGAGAGAGGGAGGAGGAGGAGGAGUGAAGCGGCGCUGUGAGCUGCAGGAGCUCACACUCACUCACUUUCUCUUCUAACAGCACAAAUAACUCACUCCGACUUUAUUAUUAAUGACAUUAGGACAGAGAGAGAGAGAGAGAGUUGCCAUGGAAACGGCGUGUACAGUGAGGAGGAUGAAGACGUCCAGCUGACUGCAGAUUCCACACAAUCAGCACUGGAAUAAUAAUAAUAAUAAUAAUAAUAAUAAUAAUCUACUGAUAAGGAAAUAAGGAGUUUAAAUCACACUGUUUUGUUUUCUAAAUUUUUAUUAUUAUUCAUCAUCAGUCACCGGAAGUCAGUUUUACUUAUGAUCAGAUCACAUCAGCUUGGAGGAGUUUGAUCCCGUUUCUUCUGUACAGAUCGGCUUCAUCUCUGGGACGUCGGUGUGUUUCCUCACAUGAACUGCUCAGGCAGCAUUUCUACUGGAAUAAGACGUAGACGACCUUUUUUUAUCGUCACGAUGAACGUGGGCACGGCGCACAGCGAAGUCAACCCUAAUACACGUGUGAUGAACAGCCGGGGAAUGUGGCUGUCCUACCUGCUGGGCAUCGGCCUCCUGCACAUCAUCCUGCUCAGCAUCCCGUUCGUCAGCGUGCCUGUGGUGUGGACGCUCACGAACCUCAUCCACAACAUGUGCAUGUACCUCCUGCUGCACACGGUAAAGGGGACGCCGUUUGAGACCCCAGACCAGGGCAAGGCUCGGCUUCUCACUCACUGGGAGCAGAUGGAUUACGGUGUGCAGUUCACCGCCUCACGCAAGUUCCUUACUAUCACACCGAUUAUACUGUACUUCCUCACCAGCUUCUACACCAAGUAUGACUGGGUCCACUUCGUCAUCAACACGGUGUCUCUGCUCACCGUGCUCAUCCCCAAGCUUCCUCAGCUGCAUGGAGUCCGGCUCUUUGGGAUUAACAAGUACUGAAGAUGUUUCCACUCAUGCUUUGAGCCCCGCACUCUCAAGAUGAACCCGUCUUUGGUUCUGAGGUUUUUGAUGAAGCACAGCAGGCGAUGUUGAGAAAUGAAAGGAAGGGAAACUUUGCUACAAGUCACUUAAUACCAUGCUAACUGGUUGCUUUAAUGUAAUCGGUUUUGAAGACUGAUUGUGAUUGAGAGCUUCUGGAGGUGUUCGGCGUCCAUUUGGCCAAGAUACAGAACAAAAAAAUAUAUAGAGAUGGAGGAGGGUUUUUUUUUUUUUUUUUUUUUUUAAUUUUUCUGGACCCAAUAUUGUUCAUGCUAAGAUUAUUGUACAUUUGGGUGUUUUUGAACCCAAGUGCUAUCCAGAAAACCACAAGAACUUCAGUGUUAUGGUACCAUGAACCCAAUAACUCAAGCACAAGAACAAAUACCAUAUCUGUGUGAAGAAACAAGAAAGAGAAGAAAAAUAGUUCAAAUUUAAUUCCUUCCUGGACCUUCAUGGACUUUGGAUGUCUGUAGGAUUAGCCUUUAGCUUCACAAAUGGACUCUGUCAAGUCGGUCACUUUUAACUGACAUACCGUGUGUUUUGCUUUUGCUUUUUUCUUCCUCAUAUUUCCUGCUGUGUUGUUUGUUAUUCGCGUAUUUGUUCAGAGCAUGAGAAAGGGCCACUCUUACUUUUUAAUGCCUUUUCAUUUUUAAUAUUUUAUUCUGUCCAUCAAUACAGCACACUUUAGGAAACA